AUGUCCGUGGCUCCCGUAAAGUUCGACAUAGAAACGUUCCGUGAACCGACAAAUCCAUCACAAUCAUCACACCCCACAGCCCGGCCUACCCCUCCUCGUGGGAACGAUCCACCUAUUCCUAGUCAGACACGUCCACCUUUAUACUCCGACAGAUCAUACUUUGUUCCUCCAUAUCAACCUUCAAUACAGAAUCCAUUCAGUCCACAAUCGCGACCGCCUACACAGCCACCACAACCAUUUAUACCGUCUAGCUUCAACACACAACCGCAAAAUGUUAUGAUAACCGAUAACACAAAAUUACAACAUAGUUGCCCUAACUGCGGGCAUAUUAUAAUCUGUAAUAGGAACGUUGCGCCAGUAGUCGAAGAUGUAGGGCCACGCGAGAAGAGGUAUCAUGAACCAGUAAUACUCAAUGCGGCCCGGGCCUCACGGCAAGAAAAGGCACGUCGAAACACACUAUCCUGGCGUCCUCAAUCACGAUUACGACGUUCAGACGGAGACGAAUUACCACAAGAGACAUUAGAUGACCUCCUAGAAGCAGCAAAAGAAGACUCUCGUCGAAGAACAAUGGGUGAUGGAAAUUAUAGGGACGACUUGGCAGGCGAACAAAACGAUAUGACCUUUGGCGCUGGUGUCGGUGGAGGGUUUGGUGACACUAUGUUUGGAAGAAUAGAUAGCAGUACUGGAACAAUCAAUAGAUUUGCGACGCGACCGUUCAGGGACACGAUGAUGGGAACGGACGCUGGAACAUCGACUGCUGCUCCGCCGGUUGCAGAUUCAUCCACGAAAGUUCCUGGACUGUCAGGAACUACAAGCACUCAGAGCAGUUUUGUGUCAGCUACGGGUAGUGACACCGACUUGAGAGAGCUACAACAAAAGGAAACUCAAGUGAUCAAAUUGCCACCAGUUCCUGAGAAUGAUCCUACAUUCGGAUAUAAGAAACUGAAUGUGGUUAAUGGCAUGCCAAGGAAAUCAACAAUAGAGAUGAAAAAGCCAUUACCAAAUCCCAUUCCAAUGGAAGAUGACAGUACAAGUGCUGAGAAAGGUGUUUGGUCACGACUUUGGGGCUGGGGCUGA